UCGAGUCAGUCUGCGUCCGCCAGUCGUCGCGACGUCCUCGCGAAACCGUCGAUUCCCUAUUUGCGACUAGCUGGCCCUCCUCCUCGUCGACUUACGACUCCUGCGUACAUCAUAGAAUUUUCAAAUACUUUAAGAGGCACUUCUUGCUUUUUACAAUUUUCGACAAAUUUCCAAUAAAGUAAUUCUCAUACUUUCCUCCUGAUUAAAUUCGAAAGAGAAAGUUCUUCGAGUGGUAUUCGUUAAUCGUUUGCUUUAUCUUUCUCGGGAAAGUGUUGAAGAAGCUACAUAUAAUAAUAUAUUUUAUUAUUUUGACGUUUGGAGAAAAGCAUCGCCGAGACUAGAAGAUACAGAGAGACAGUGAUAUCGGUGAGAUAUAAGAGAAAGUGAAGAUAUAAUAUCGAAAGAGGGAAAAGAAAAAGAGAAGAUUUUUCUUUCACGGAAGAUAAUAUCGACUGUUUUCGAAAACUCUGCCCUCUAGAACGUUCCAUUUUCUCUAGCUUUUUUUUUCCUUCGACGACGUAUAAACUUCCUUAGCUUUUACGCUCUUAUCGCAUUCGUAUAAAAAGCGGUGACUUUUGAAGGAACUUCGGUAAGCGGAAACUCGGAUAUACCGUGCACGCUCUUUGAGAGCUUUUCCCGAGCAUCCAGAGUCAGUUCGAUCGUUGCUCCAUUCGAAGACGACGUCGACGACGACGGAUGAGUCCCCCGUUUUGAUCUCCCAUCGAAGAUCUGCUAUCCCUCUGCUACUUUCUGAUCCAGUUAUAUAUUUCUUGGACGUUAAGAAUUUCCUUUCGAGAGCUCGAUCGAGCAAAACCGGCGCGUGCGUUGUCGGCCGUGUAUGUCCGAGCUCGGCGAUUCGCAGGUGAGAUCACGUCGGCGAACUUGGAAGAUUUCACGAGGAGAACGUACGUCCUUUAUCCUCAAAACGGCGAUGAAGAUGAGCAAAGUGGGCAAUCAGACGAAUUCGCAGGACCCACAGGCAGUGAAUUCCCGGGUGUUCGUCGGCAAUCUAAACACGUUUCAGUGCAGUAAGACCGAUGUGGAGCGAAUGUUCCAACGUUACGGUCGUCUCGCCGGGAUUUCCAUGCACAAAGGAUACGCCUUCGUGCAAUUCACGAAUCCCUUUGACGCACGCAGCGCCUGUCUUGGCGAAGAUGGCCGUACCGUUCUCAGCCAGAUACUCGACGUCAAUAUGGUAGCCGAGCCGAAACCUCAUCAGACCGGCCGAAAGCGUCAGAAUGUUACCAAAACUGGGAACGAUUGGGACUACUACUACGACAGUUACUAUGCAUCGACCGCUUUUCCGCCUCGUUUAGCACCGCCUCUGAAAAGACCCCGUUUGAUGCCACCGGCCCGAUCCCAACAUCCGAAGCAACAGAAACAACAGCCGAGCAACAAUACUGCCGCUGUGCCGGACUUGAAUCAACUCAAAGUAUACAGUAAUCCAGACAUACUUAUAUGCGGCAACUGCAGGGAAAUGUUCACCGAUCUCGGGGAGCUGCUCGAACACAAGCGGAACUACUGCAAACUGCGGUUCACAUGUAAAUGUCACACCUUCAACGGAGCCGCCCCAAGAGACUCCACGACGGCACUGCUCUGUGUGCUUUGCAAGGUAUCCUUUCCAACGGCAUGGGAACUGAUGGUUCACGCUCAAGCUGCUCAUAUGAUAAACAUCUACGAACUUGGUACACGGCCACAGAGUCCAAGAUCAACGCAGAGUCCACCACAAAGUCCGAGCCAGCACGCCAAGGAAUCGUCGCCUUCGCCUCAGGACUUUCAAGAGAUCAAAGCCACGGAUUGCGAGGAACGCGUCGAAGAGGAGGAUCUUGACGGGCAUGAACUAAUACCAUCCCCUGACAGUGGCAAGUCAACGGACAACGAGGCCGCUCUAUCUCCGAUCAAAAUACGAUCCGACGUUAAUGGCCUGGAUCACGAGGAUUGCGACGAAUUGAUCCAGGUCGAGAACACAGCUCAGGCCUGCAUCAUGCACGCCCUUAGCAUCGACUCGUCGUUGGAGCUCAAUUCCGACACGAACUCGAGGGGAAGUUCUGGCCCGGUCAUGGCGUUGACUAAUGGAUCCUUGUCCGCAAAGGAAUAAGUCAGAAAGAAUUAACCAAAGGAAUAUGGUCUUCCCUUACCUAGGGAUUCCCGAACCAACGCCAUCAACGAGACAUAUCGAUCUCCUUUUAAGGAUAUACAUGCAUACAUACAUACACUUAAACAGAGAUAUACACACAGAGAACCGCCAUGUAUAUAGCUUAAAUGCCUAAGAAAUAAUUCAGGGUCGUUCCAUGCCAUAUACUCAAACCCAUCUUGGACAUUGCGGAUUUUCGGUAUCAAUCGAGAAGGAGUCGAGGAAAGGACCGGGUAUGAGAAGGUGAAAUAUUAUCAGGAGAAUUCGAGACUAUCGAACAAAGAUCAAGCGUUUUGCCAUCUUCCGUUGGAAUUUCGAUGUUCGACUCCUAGGCAGUUCGUGAUUCUAGUCAAACACAUAUACGUGCACGCAGACACACACAUAGAGAGAGGCACACCUACAUUAAUAAAUGACGAAUAAAGGAGAUUGUUCUCUAAAAGUCUAGGAGUAUUUUAUCGAACACCGAAAUGCGACCUAUUCAAAUUUUACGAUAAAGGAAGAAAAUAGAGAGAAAAGCGAAAUUUGAUUCACGAUUAGAUCUUUCUUGAAACGUUUCAUCGUUAAAACGUGGCCCCUCUCAAAAAAAAAAAUUCGAUGCAUUAGUAUGACGGCUCCCAUGAAAAUAAUCGAGUAAAGAAAAAGGAAGAAAAAAAAGGACAACGAUUUGUAUCUUCAACCUAGAAUCGAAUGUUUCUCAUCUGUGAUAAUAUUGUGAAUCGCCUUGCUUUGAUCGAUAAGUCUAUAAUAUUUUUACUUUAGACACCGCGAAUCGAAAUGGAAAUGAAAGUUACGAGUUUCGAAAAAAUGCUAAAAUAACGAGAAAACGAAUCGAUCUUAUUUCUUCGAUCUUUUCGAAUCCCUGAUCCGUUUCACAUCGCAAGUAACAAAUCUGUAAAUGAAACGAGGGAAAAAAUGCUCUUAUCUUUUCUUUUCUCCCCUUUCGUUCUUUAAUGCGAAUUUAGUUGUUAGAAAAUCAUUUUAGAAGUAGAACGUAUAUAUAGAGGUAAUCAGACCGUCCGUACGUGAUAGCUACGAAGGAUUUAUAGAUAAAGGUUUCUUCUGAAUACACAUGGCACAGAAAUAAAGAGAAAGAGAGAGAGAGAGAGAGAGACGAUGAGCGAAAGAAAGGACGAUGAGCACGAUGAUGCGAUGUAAAUAAAGAAUAUUUUUUGCGUUACUUUACAUACAUACUUGCAAAACAGUGAUGAAGGAAAAAGUAAAAAAGAAAAGAGAGAAAGAAAGAUUAAUUACCUCUUAGAGAGUUGUAAAUAUACGCUUGUAAUUUAAGUUAGUGCUUAAAAAAAAUUAAAAAAACAAGAAAGUGAGAGAAAGAGAAAAACAAGAGAUAGUCAGUCAGUGAUCUAUUGUCUUAUCGCGAUUACAAAAAUAAGGAAUAUUUUAUCCGCGCGUAUAAAAAUCCUUUGGACUUUCGCAAAACGCUUUUAAUUACAUGUUUUUCAAAUACAUAAAUACGUCGACAUGUACCGUUAUGGCAUGGAAUCGACCUGUAUCAUUUAUCGAGUAAGGUAUUUUAAAUUUAAAAUUAUUAGUCGAACAUAAACGCGGGGAUUGAUCGUGAAAAAUGUUCGUUUCAUGAUUCGCAAGGCUCCUCCACUCUUAUUAUAUGACCUUCCUUUUGUAGCGCUCACACGACGACGUAUACAUGCACGUAUACAUAAUACCUACACACGUAUGCAACACGCCGCAAAGAAAGAAAGAAAAGUAAAGAAGGAAAGAAAGAGAGAGAGGGAGAGAGAGAGAGAGAAAGAGAAAAGUAAAGAAAUGAAAAGUAAAAAACACAUUAACAUUUUUCGAAAAACGAAGAAUUACCGUGCAAUAAUUGUUAAGACGUUCAAUAUAUCAAACGUGUAUUUUUGAUGAUGUAUGAAUCCAAUUUUCUUCCAUUAAGAAGAGGAGAGAGAGAAAGAGAGAGAGAGAGAGGUAGAGAAAGAAAGAGAGAGAGAAAGCGUCGUUUGAUUUAACCCUCGCUAUUUUUCUUCUUUUUCCUUUUUCUUUCUACUUUUCAUUCAUCUCGCCUGUGAAUCGCAUUAUUGUAGAACAGAGUUUGGAAACUUUACACAAACGAUCGUAUUAACCGAGUGACAAUCCAGCGAUUCGUUUCCAAGGGCGACAAAAAAAGAAAAAAAAAAAGGAAAGUCUUUAAUUACUCUACACGUACGAUCAAUGUUCCAUUGAUCCUUCUCCUUGAUUCUUCAUCGAAUUCUUCAUCUAUGAUUCGAUAACAAAAAGAAAAAAAAGAAAAAGAAGUAGAAAAAAGAGUACAUGAAAUUAUGUUUUAUGGACGUAAUGCCUUUUUUUAUUCUUGUUUUUCGUUUUCCGAAACCGUUCAUUUCGUUGAAAUAAUCCAAAGUGUGUCCAUAAGAGAUAUGAUAAAAAGAACAAGACAAAAAGAAUAAUGAAAUAAAUAAAACACUUAAAAAAGAAAGAAAAUAGGAAAGAAAAGAGAAACAGAAACAUAGAAAAUUAUAUUUGGUAUGAAAAUAAAAGUGAGUUAUAUGUACCGCGUCCUCACCAAUUUGUAGUCGUUAAGCUGCGUUAUUUGCUCGAUUUUAUCGAGGACCCUGAAUUAUUAGUUGAUCCAUAUCCACCAAAUCGACUAUAUAGUAUAACCGUAAAAGAAAAGAAAUACCGAAGAAGCGAUGCAAUUCGUUUGAAUGCAACGAAAUGCAACGAGAUGCAACGAGACUCGAAGCUUCGUCCGUUUUUCUUUUUGCGUUCUUUUCCCAUAACAAAAACAAAUUAAAUUAAAACAUACCAAAAAUAAAAACGACAAAGAAACAUGGGAAAAACACAUUUACCUUAAGUUAAGUUACGAGACUAGGAUCCUAGGCGAAGAAAAAAUAUUUGUUCAUAGUCCUACGUAUAAAUAAAUAAAUAUAUAUAUAUAUACACACACAUAUAUAUAUAUAUAUAUAAACAAUGUUUUAUGGAACAUUAUUAUCUGAAUAAAAAAUAUAUUACGUCUUUUA